AUGCCUGAUAAUAAGAAAAUGCAAGAUAUCGAAAACACGUAUGAUUGGAUUGAAGAGGCUAUCGUUAAAGAACAUUUAAAAUAUUAUGAGUACAAACAUUUUAAUAACUUUCAACAAAUUGGUGCUGGAAAUUUCGGAAAAGUGUAUCGUGCGAAUUGGAAAACUUUAGAAAGACCUUUAGCAUUAAAGUCUUUUUUUAAUCUUGACAACACCACUGUGAAAGAAUUUGUUCGUUUGUUAAAAAUCCAACGUGAAGUUGACCUUUAUAAUAAUAUUAUGCGUUGUCAUGGAAUAACAAAAUUUGAAUCAGAAAGUCAUGAUAAUAAUAUUAAUUAUAUGUUGGUAAUGGAAUAUGCAGACGGUGGUAGUCUUCGAGACUAUUUGAUGAAUAACUUCGGUAAACUUACAUGGAAUGAUAAAUAUCUUAUGGCGCACCAGCUAGCUUGCGCUGUAUCAUGCCUGCAUAAUGAGAGGAUUGUUCAUCGUAAUCUGCAUUCUGACAAUAUAUUAGUUCAUCAUAACAUGAUUAAAUUGGCAGAUUUUGGAUUAUCAAGAAGAAUUAAAACAUCUAAUUUUCAAUCCAAAAUGAUUCCUUACAUUGAUCCAAAAAUCUUUGACAGACAAAGGAAUAAUAAUAACCAAACAACGCAAAUGUAUUCAUUAAAUGAAAAAAGCGAUGUUUACAGCGUUGGUAUAUUAUUAUGGGAAAUAACUAGUGGGCGACCUCCUUUUUAUGCUAAAGAUGAUGUUAAUUUAACUUUGAAAAUUGCACAAGGUCUUAGAGAAGCUUUGAUUCCCGAUACGCCAGAUGAUUACAUAAAAAUUUAUACUAAAUGUUGGGAUGAUGAGCCAAAUGUUCGUCCAACCAUAUUUCAGGUAGUUGAUUGGCUGAAAGCGAUAGUUACAAAAAUUGAUGUGACAAUAGAUCAGCAAUUUUCAAGCAAUCAAAAACUAUAUGAUAAUUCAGAAUCACGAGAAUUAUCCCAAUUUAUCCGAAACUUUGAUAAAAUAAAUAUAAAAGAAAUUGAUCCUAUAGCAGUGUCAGUAGAACAAGAGAAACUUUUAUUUGAAAAAGGUUUUAACAUAAUAGUUGAUGAAGUAAAUGAUUAUUUAGUUAAGUUAGCAAAUAAAGGAAUUGAUUGGCAAUUAUUAAAACUCCAAGUUAUUGAAUAUUUUAAUUAUCAUACUAUCGAUUUGCAAGAAAUUUAUAAUUGGUUAUUAAAUAAUCAAAAUAAUUCAAAUUCUAUUUUUUUACUUGGUUAUUUUAAUUAUUUUGGAAUUAAGACAAGUAAAAAUAUAGAGAAAGCAUUUAAUUUAUUUUUAAAUGCAUCAGAAAAAGAUCAUAUAUCUGCUCAUUAUUUUGUUGGAAAUUGUUAUAAAUAUGGAAAUGGAACUAAAAAAAAUGAAAAAUUAGCUUUUGAAUAUUGUGAAAAAUCUGCUAAUAAAAAUUUCACAAAUGGUCAAUUAGAUGUUGGUUAUUUUUAUAAAAAUGGAAUAGCUAUCAAUAAAAAUAUAAAAAAAUCCCUUUAUUGGUAUGAACAAGCUGCAAAUAGUGGAAAUGUAAUAGCUAUGCAUUAUCUUGGUAAUUGUUAUAAAGAUGGAAAAAAUGGUGUUAAAAAAGAUUAUAAUAAAGCUUUUGAAUUAUUUGAGCAGUCAGCUAUAGAAGGAUAUACAAGUGGAAUGACUUCAUUAGGAUAUUGUUAUGAUAAUGGCAUUGGAACUGAAGAAGAUAAACAAAAAGCAUUUGAGUUAUAUCAAAAAUCAGCGAAUUUAGGAAGUAUUUCAUCACAAUUUAAUCUUGGUAAUAUGUAUGAACAUGGAGAUGGAAUUACAAAUGAUAUAGAUAAAGCAAUUUAUUGGUAUGAAAAAGCUGCAAAACAAGGAGAUAAAGUAGCACAAAAUAAAUUAGAAAAACUUACAAAAAGUCAAUAACCUAGAGUAAAUUCUUUCUUUAUAUGUUAAAUUAAAUUAAAUUUGCUUCAUUAUUUUUUUUUUUUUGAAUUUACAAAUAAUGAAUAUAGACUUUAAAAUACAAUAUAUAAAGGAUCAUUCUUGUUACCUACAGGCUUACUGC